AUGAACGAUGAAAAGCAACCACUGCUCACUGGACCUAACAAUUCAAUUGAAAGUGUUGAACAAACAGUAGAAUUAGUGACAGAUCCAGUAUCGCCUUUGAGUAAUAGUGAAAAACCCAAAGGAGACUAUCACCCGGCAUCAGAAAGAUGUUUGGAGCACCCAACUUCCAACUUCGAUACUUUAAUCCACCUUUUAAAAGGAAAUAUAGGAACUGGAAUUUUAGCAAUGCCAGAUGCUUUUAAAAAUGCAGGCUUAGUGCUUGGUGUGUUUGGAACACUAAUCAUGGGCGCAAUAUGCACACAUUGUAUGCAUAUGCUAGUGAAAUGUUCACAUGAGCUCUGCAUCCGCAGUCAAAAACCAGCAUUAAGCUUCUCUGAAGUUAUAGAAGAUUCCUUCGCAUCAGGACCUGUUUCUUUAAGGCCGUAUGCUAAAACUAUGAAGAAAAUUGUCAGUGUAUUUUUGGUAAUAACACAAAUGGGAUUUUGCUGUGUUUACUUUUUGUUUGUAGCCACUAACCUUCAAGAUACAAUGCGUUUUUUUAAUGUUAACUUAAAUGUACAUGUGUACUUGGCUUUAUUAUAUUUACCAAUAUUUGCACUGGCUAUGGUGAAGAACUUAAAGUAUCUGUCACCAGUCUCCCUGGUUGCCUCCAUAAUGACUGCUUGGGGCCUUGUGAUAACAUUUUACUAUAUACUUCAAGAUUUGCCUCCUACACAUACUGUGAAAGCAUUCUCUAGCUGGCAUCAGAUACCUUUAUAUUUUGGUACAGCUAUAUAUGCAUUUGAAGGAAUAGGAGUGAUCUUACCUUUAGAAAACAAUAUGAAAACUCCAGAGGCCUUUGGUGGCUGGAAUGGUGUGCUUAACACUGGCAUGGUGAUAGUCGCCGCAUUGUAUACUGGUAUUGGAUUUUUCGGGUACCUUAAGUAUGGCGAACGAGUCCAAGGCAGCAUAACGCUUAAUUUGCCAAACUCAUUAUUAGCUCAAAGUGUCCGGGCAGUUAUGGCAGCGUCAAUCUUCUUAUCAUAUGGAUUACAGUUCUAUGUACCCAUGAACAUAGUUUGGCCUUAUAUAAAGUCAAAACUUACUUCAGAACAAAGUCUUAAAUACGGUGAAGCAGUUACGCGAUUUGUGCUAAUUUCUAUAACAUUUUUGGCAGCAGCACUGAUUCCAAACUUGAGUGGUAUAAUAUCGUUGGUGGGAGCGUUCAGCAGCUCAGCACUUGCACUAAUCUUUCCACCACUUAUAGAAAUAAUGACGUUCUGGCCUGACCAACUUGGACAAAGCAAUUGGAAGUUAUGGAAAGAUAUAUUAAUCAUGAUUUUCGGAUUCACAGGAUUUGUGUUUGGUACAUUUAUAAACGUAAGGAAUAUAUUUUUUGCUUACUGA